AUGCUGAAGAAGGCUAUCGCCGCUUCCGGCGGCCUCGGAAUGCUCGGGGCGGGGGCGAUGUACAUGUUGAAGGUGAACUUUCACAAGAAUAUGAUUGACGACAACGUGGUGUACAAGCAGAGUGCUAUGAGCAGCCGCAAUGAAAUGAUAGCACGCCUGAAGAAAAACCAAUACGACGUGUUAAUAAUAGGAGGAGGCGCCACUGGGGCAGGACUAGCUUUAGAUUGCGCCACAAGGGGAAUCAAUUGUGCCCUAAUAGAAAAGGGUGACUUUUCAAGUGGGACAUCCUCUAAGUCUACAAAGUUGUUACAUGGAGGUAUACGGUACUUAGAAAAUGCAGUGAAGAAUUUUGACCUGACUGAAUUAUAUUUUGUGUGGGAAACGUUAGGAGAAAGAGCUCAUGCGAUGAAGAUUGCUCCAUUCAUGUCUAGGUCAGUACCAAUUAUUAUGCCCAUUUAUAAAUAUUGGCAGGUACCCUACUUCGCAUACAAUAUAAAGGUGUAUGAUUUGCUAGCCGACUUGGUGUGCUACUUCGAGAAGGGUGUUCCUAACUCCAACUACAUUAGGCAUUUCAACACAAUCGAUGCUUUCCCUCUUCUGAAGAAGGAAGACCUGAAGGGAUCUCUAGUGUAUUAUGACGGGCAGCAUAAUGAUAGCCGCAUGAACCUGAAUCUAAUUCUAACAAGCACGAUGGAAAAUUAUGUGCCAGGACAAGUGGGAGCCACAGUGUGUAAUCAUAUGGAAGUGGUGGGUUUCAUAAGGGAUGGUGAUGGGAAGAAAAUUGUAGGAGUAAGAGCAGUGGACAGAAUUACUAAUAAUGAAAUUGAAAUUUUUGCUAAUGUUAUUGUGAAUGCUACAGGACCACAUGGAGAUGUGGUGAGGAAAUUAGCAGAUGAAGGAGUCACUCCAGUUAUUCAAACAUCAGCUGGAUGCCAUUUCAUUUUACCCAAAUGGUAUUCUUCUAAGAAUAAUGGUAUGAUCAUACCUAAGACAAGUGAUGGUAGAGUCCUUUUCUUGUUGCCAUGGGAAAAUGCUACCAUCGUUGGGACCACAGAUGAGCAAAGAGAAUUGGAAGAAUACCCAAGGAUUCCUAAAAAAGAUACAGACUUUUUGGCUAGCGAAUUGUCUAAAUAUAUUAACGUAGAUGCAGAGGAUAUUAAAAAUGAUAUUCAAGCUGGUUGGUGUGGAUUCAGACCUUUAGUUAUGGAGACGACUAAAGGGGGUGCGGGGGGGGGAAAAAACAAAAAAAAAAAUUCCAAUAAAAAGGGCAAUCUGAAAGGGGAUGCAGGCAAGGCGGCUGAAGAAAACAUAACGACACACAAAAUAUCUAGAAGUCAUGAAAUUAUUGAAGACGAAAAUGGACUUAUUAGCAUUUUAGGAGGUAAGUGGACCAUAUAUAGGAAAAUGGCCCAGGACACUCUCGACUACAUUUUACACAAACACAGCGAUAAGGUGAAAAGCAAGUACAACUGCAGGACCAAAUUUUUAAUGCUUCUUGGUAGUCAUGAUGAAGAGGGCAAACGUGACCUGGACGACCUAACCUAUGGCUGUAGUAAAUUGAGUAAAAAGUUAGUACACAAAUAUAACCAAAUAGAUUAUGACAUUGCUCAUCACCUCGUGUCCAAUUAUGGCUAUAUGGCAGAGAAGGUAUGUGAGCUAGCUAAAGAAAUGAAUCUGUUUAACAAAAUUGACGCGUCCAAACCGUAUAUCGAAGCGGAAGUGAUCUAUGCCAGUAGGUAUGAAUUUGCCUCCACCAUUUCAGACAUUAUUGGGAGACGAUUCCGACUGGGAUUUGUCGACUCCGCUGUGUCUGCCAAAGUCAUUUCUAAAGUAGCCGACCUCAUGAAGGACGAGUUGAAGUGGAACCGCGAUCAAGUGAAUAAGAAUAUUGAGGAGGCCAAGGUGUACGUGCAAUCCCUCUCCCUCGACUGA